UUUCUCCGCUUUCGAGGCCUUUUUUCCAUCUUUGGGGCCGUUGCCUGGCGGGUCCCACUUUCAUCUCCCACCCGCAGCGUGAGCCUAGUUCCAGCGAAUCAAAACUUCUCUAUGUCGUUUUUAGCUGACCUUUUUGUCUAUCUUUGGCUUCAAAACCGGUAGAGGUUUUGGGAAUUUCGGUCCUUUUUCUGGGAAUUGGGGUUUUGAGGUGGACCCAAGAAGAAUCUACUCCGUCUAUUAGGGUUAGGGUUUUGUCUAUUUAGGACACCUUCAAAAUUCAAAUGGAGCGGUCUAGGACGACUCCAACGACGACGUCAGCAUCUUUGAAUUCCGCUGCUGCGGACGAUAUAAUCGACUCGACUCCAUUUCUCGGGAGUUCAUCUCCGAAUCGAGACGAUGAUCGGAGCCGUCGGUUCUCGCGCGUGCCCUCCCUGCGUGGCGCGGCUCGGUUCCUCCGCCAGGCCAGCAGUGGUCGGAUGAUGAGGGAGCCAUCAAUGCUGGUGCGAGAGACAGCCGCGGAGCAGCUGGAGGAGCGGCAGAGCGACUGGGCUUAUUCGAGGCCGGUCGUCCUCCUCGACAUUCUUUGGAAUUUGGCGUUCGUGGGCAUUGUGAUGGCGGUUCUGGUUUUGAGCAGGGACGAGUCGCCGUCGAUGCCUUUGAGACUUUGGAUUGUGGGGUAUGCGCUGCAAUGCGUGGUGCAUAUGGUGUGUGUUGGUGUUGAAUACAGGCGGCGGCACCUGCCGUGGCGGAGGAUUGUGGUGGAGAGCAGGAGCUGGGGGAGUACCAGUUCAGGUGGUCGGCAAAAUGUGGAGGAAGUUGGGGAGGAAUAUGCUGUCCGGAGUGAGGAUGCGGAGAGGACUAGUGUCCCAAAGCAUCUGGAGUCCGCAAAUACAAUAUUUUCAUUCAUAUGGUGGAUCAUUGGAUUCUAUUGGGUAUCUGCUGGAGGCCAAACUUUAACCCAUGAUGCACCUCAGCUUUACUGGCUUUGCAUAGUUUUUCUGGCAUUUGAUGUGUUCUUUGUUGUUUUCUGUGUUGCCUUGGCGUGUGUCAUCAGCAUUGCUGUUUGCUGCUGUCUUCCAUGUAUUAUUGCAAUUUUAUAUGCAGUGGCUGAUCAGGAAGGAGCAUCCGAUGAAGACAUCCGUAAGCUUCCAAAAUACAAGUUCCAAAGGAUUGGCAAUUUUGAAAAUCUUAGUGGUGAAAUAUCAGAACCUUUUGGAGGAACAAUGACUGAAUGCAGCAGCGAGAUGCCCACCGAACGCGUUCUUUCUGCCGAGGAUGCUGAAUGUUGCAUCUGCCUGUCUGCUUAUGAUGAUGGGGUCGAGCUGCGUGAGCUUCCUUGCGGCCAUCAUUUUCACUACACCUGCAUAGACAAGUGGUUGUACAUCAAUGCUACUUGCCCGCUCUGCAAGUAUAACAUCAUAAAGAGUGCUAGCCAUGGUAGGGAAGAAGUGUAGCAGAUGGUUCUUUUGCCAUGUGCCAUCAACAGUUACAUGGAACAGAUGCCCACACAGACAGCCAGGGUACACAUGCUCAUUGUGUAACAUCAUGUAUAUCUUUUAUGUUCUAUGCUUGUUUCAUUCACGCAUGAAUACAAUGUGCGUUUGGCGGUGUAUAUACUGCAUGUAACUAUGUUGUUUCCAUACUGGGUAUUUAAUGUAUUCAAGCUUAUGCACUUGCAACAUAUUGUGUGGGUCGGAAGGGAACCAGCUUGUACAUGUUUUGGGCCUAGCAGCCUUUAUCAAGGACGAGAGAGCAUUGAUUCCUUUUCA